UGGCACCAGAAACAAGGCCUGUAUGAAAUGCAUGCUUCAUUCAUGCUGUCUGCUUGCACAGACGCUCAACACAUCAUUUUCCCAUAUUUCAUGUUUGCUAUAAUAAAAUAAGUACCCCGUAGUUUAAAAAAAAUCCACAAUAGCUUAUAUUUCUGGGUACAUUGUUUUUACAAAAAUGUAGUGUGUGUUCACGCUAACUUUCCCCCAAAAGAUUGUUGUCUAGUAUACUGUAGGUCAUUGAUUAAUAUUUUACUAUGGUAUACUGUAUUUCUUUUAGUUUUUGAAUGUAGGGCACAUAAAAAAAGUUUUUAUUCCGUUUUUAUUUGUUUUAUGUUGAUUUAGACAGAAGUUUGUUGAAUACAAUUAUUAUGGAAGUAAAUGCCGGACAACUAAAACCACAAAAUAUUUACAUGUUUAAGUUCAUGUUCCCAAAUAAACCAGGAUGUCCAGGAUGUAUUUAAGUGUUCGACCUCUAGCUUCUCUUAGUACCGUCAUCCACCAAGGACCCCACAGUCCACGCAUACAGAGAAGAAGAGGAGAACCACAUACAUUAGUGCACCAGUUAAAGGGAAAUGAUGCUUGUUUGGUGUGUUUUGACUUUGUUGGCCCUGGUGCCAGUCUCUACAGCUGCCAAUCCUGGAGUUAAAGUCAAACUAACUCAGAAGGGGCUUGAUUAUGGUCGGCAGCUUGGAAUUGCCACUCUGCAGCAAAGGUUCAGUACCAUCAGUCUACCAGACCAGAGUGGCACAGAAAAGAUUUUUAUUGGUAAAGUGGAGUAUAGCGUCACAGGGAUUCGGAUUGUAAACCUGGGACUACCCACAUCAACAGUGGAGUUAGUUUCUGGCACUGGAGUUAGGCUUUCAAUUGAUAAUGCCAACAUCAAAGCUCAGGGGAACUGGAGAGUCAGAUACCUUCGGUUCAUAAAAGCCAGUGGAUCAUUUGAUCUGACUGUGAGUGGAGUGACCAUUAGUGUCACCAUUGCAGUAAACAAUGACAACCGUGGUCGCCCAUCAGUCAGCAUGACCAGCUGCACAGCAGACGUAAGGGACGUCGACGUCAGAUUUAGUGGCAGACUCAGCUGGUUGUAUAACCUCUUCCGAUCCUUCAUUGAAAGACCUAUACGCAAUUCUCUGCAGGCACAGAUCUGCCCCCUGGUGGCUAAAUCCAUUCCUGACAUUAACACAGAGCUAGCUACGUUAAAUGUUGUAGCCAAAGUAGACAGGUAUGUUGAGAUUGACUAUUCCAUGUUGGGAUCUGCUCUCAUCUCUAGUGAAUCUAUUGACCUUGGUUUGAAGGGUGUAUUCUACAACAUCGGGCAACGCAACGAGCCUCCCUUUUUCCCCAAACCCUUCGCACUGCCUUCCCAGAACACAAAAAUGCUCUACAUUGGACUAUCUGCCUUCACCGUCAACUCAGCAGCCUUUGCAUACCACAAUGCUGGUGCCUUCAGCUUUGACAUCACAGAUGACUUACUUGGUGGCUUAUUUGCCAGUCGACGAGCGAUUUCACCUGAUUCUGACUUUCGUCUGAAUACCAAAAUAUUUGAAGCUUCCAUUCCACAAGUUGCAAAACUGUAUCCGGGCCUGAAGAUGAGGCUGCUGGUUAAGACCGUGAAGGAGCCCAUUAUUACUUUUGAACCCAACAAUGUGACUGUUCAAGUCAGCUCGACAGUGACGGCUUAUGUUAUCCACCAAAACAACACACUAUCACCACUAUUUGUGCUCAGUCUGGAGGCCAGUGCCAGUGCUAAAGUAAAUAUAGCUGGACUCAACCUGAUAGCAAGUGUGACCCUGAACAGAAUUCAAUUGAGUGUAAACAAAAGCUAUGUGGGAAAAUUUGAGGUUCCUAGUCCUCAAGCAUCAUCACAAUUCGACAACCUCUUAAAAACAAUCCUUGAAUUUACAGUAAUUCCCAAGGUUAAUGCUCGCCUUCAGAACGGUUUUCCUCUUCCUGCCAUGGGGAAGAUAAAACUUGUAAACCCUCAACUUGUGGUUGUAAAAGACUACUUAUUGAUUGGGACUGAUGGACAAUUUCUGGGAUAAAUGGUCAAGAAUUUUCCAGACACUAUAUAAACAUUAUCAAGAUGAUCAAAUGCAUUUUUGUUGGGUUCAUAUUGGUGAAGGAAAAUAUUCUAAAAUAUUCUACCUAUAAUCUUGAUUUUAUUUUCAACAUUAUAUUUUCUCAUAUACUAUUUUCUUAAAUAAUCAUUUUACUUUGUUCUUUUGUUUCGAGGGUGUUGGGAUUGACUGCACUUUAAGUUGCUGUUAGAUUUCCAUAAGGGCUGUCAUAAUAAAGAAAGGCUUGCAUAAUG